AUAAAAUAAAAAAUGAACUACGCGUGCAACAAUUUUUCUUAUUGAGCCAGUCAGAUUUUAAAUAUUUUAUAGAUAUUUAAAAAGAAAAUAUGUUUUUGUAUGUUUGAUAAAAUAUAUAUUUUAUUACUCAAUAAUAAAUCUAGGUAAAUAGUGUUUCAUAUAUUAUUUUGUAGUAGACCGCAAAAAUAAUUCAAGUUUGAAUAUUAUAUUGAAUAAUUUAUUAUUUAUUCUACAUUUAAAAAAAAUAAAUAUAUUUUGUCAUUAUUUUUUUAUUUUUUAACUAUUUAUUUUAAAAUUUUAAUGUAGGUGUUGUCAAGGAAAUUAUAUUUCAAUACAAAAAUAAUAACACAGCCAAUUGAAUAUAAAUUAUGGCCUCUGAACAUGUCAUCAAUGAGCAAGCUGGACCAUCAAUUCAAAGUACUAUACAAACAAACAAACAAAUAAUAACUAUCAAUACAUAUUUACAUAUUUUAAAUAUCUAGAUGUUUGGUUUUUUGUUGUACACAAUUUAAUACAUUUGGAUAUCAAAUUACAGGUGUUAUGUUAACCGAUAGAAGUCAAAGAAGUCAAGAAACAAUGAAUGGUCUUUGGGGUGAUGAUGAUGAUGAUGAUGCUGAGUUUUAUGAUUCUUGUAAAAAUCUUGAUUUUCUAUCAAAUGGUGAUGAAGGCGACACUCUGGUAUUUGGUCAAUCUAUCCGAAAAGAUCAAAAAGUAAAGAAAAUUUCAUGGGGUAUUGAUAAUGAAUCUGAGUUUUUCGAAUUAUUCAUGAAUGGAGACACACCAUUAAAUUUUGAUGAACUCUCAGUUACUUGAAAAACCAGGUGAGGUUAUUCAUUUUGCAUAUAGAUUAGAAAUAUCUAAUUGUGAAUCCUUUGGAUAAACAAUAAAAUCACUAUCUGCAAUAUCAAUAGGUGAAAACAUCUUGUUGUUGAAAAAAAUAUUUCUUUUAUUAACACGUUCGUUAUCCAUACUACAUGUUACCUAAAUUUAAAAUAUUUAGUUUAGUAUUUAAUUUUUUUUUGUUAUUUUAACAGGUAAUAAAUAUACAUAGGUUUGUAUAUAGCUAAUAUUAAAAGAGCUAAACAAAUAAUUUUAUUGCCCUUUUGAUACACAUAUACAAUUUCUAAGAAUAAAAUAUUUAAGUACAAUCUAAGUAAGAUCUAAUGUAAUAGGUAUAGGAAAAUUGUGUACCCCUUCUUUUGGAAAAUAAACAUUACACAUUCAUUAACUUUACAUAUUAUUUCAUUGAUUCUGUGUAGAAUAAAUUAUUAUAUUGGUCUAAUUAUAUUAGUAAAAUAAAUUCAAUUAGGUAUAUGAGCCUUUAAGUUAAAAUUCUCUAAACAUAAUAAGUGGAAUAUUUUGGUAUGCUGUAAAUUUUCAUCAACAUAAUGAAUUGUAAAUUAUACAUUUCUGUUUGUUGUUUUUUAUUUGUAAUAACUUAGUGUACAGUUAAUUGAUAUUUUAAAUUUACUUGCCAGUAUCAGCUGGUGAUGAAUGUAAGGAAAACGUUGCGUUGGAACAGCAGCCUUUAAUAUCACCAAAGAACAUUCUUGUCAAACUUGAAGAAGAGUAUCAUAAAAUAAAUUUAACCUGGUGUGACUAUAAUAGUUCUACUGCAUCGUUGGACUGGGUAAAGAGAGUUAUGCAACACCUUCAAGAAUGGGAUCUGGAUUUUAAUAUUAUAAAUGUUUUAUUUCAAAAUCCUAAAUUUAAAUCACCUGAAACCUGUAAUUGCAAAGUAAGUUAUUAUUAUUUUUUUAAUUAUAGACCUAAUCAAAAUUAUGGUAUUUUAGACUCAUUUAUCAAUGUCAACAUUGGAUGAUUUUGAAAUCAUAAAGAUUAGUCCACAAAAACAAGUCAUCUUACAAUUAAAAUGUGAACUUCGACAGUUAAAAAAAAGAGCGAUUAACAAUGACUGUAAAUCUUCACAUAAAUGGAUGGAAAAAGCCCAAUAUAUAUUUGAAAAUGUAUGGAGUAUUAAACCUGAAGUUUCAACCCUCUUAAUACAUAAGCUUAUUUAAUUAAAAUAGUACUAUUGACAUUGUGUUCUUUGAUGUACUAUUUAGUAAAUGUUUUUUUAUUACAUUAAGACUUAUAUUUCUUGCUAAGAUCGAUAAAAAUGUUUAAAACAAUUAUUCUUUUAAUCUGUUUUUGAAUUUGGUUUACUUAAGUUUUUUAAUUAUUAAUUUAAGUACCUAUCCUUUAUUAUAAUUAAUUAGAAUUUGUUGAAUAUGUUUGCUACAACAGACUACAUUUUCUUAAAAAACACUUCAUUGUGUUAUCGAAUCCUGUAAAAAUAUAUCCUUACUAUUAUUAUUAUUUUUAAAUUCUGUAUAAAAUGAAUUUACAGUAGGUUUAAUUAUUAAGUACUGAUGACUUAUCUAUCAAACUUGUAAAAAUAUUUUUGUACUAUAAUAUAUAAUAUUCGGGAC